AUGGCAUCGAGUUUGGAUUGUUCAGACACUCUGUUUCCAGCUACCGAGCAAAAUGCUGACAAUUACACGGAUGAGACAAAUAAGAACAAUGAUCAAAACAUGGUUAUUGACUAUACGCCAAAACUUGGCAUUGAGUUUGGUUCUGAACAAGAGGCAUAUGACUUUUAUAAUGAGUACGGACGAAAUUAUGGAUUUAGUAUUCGCAAAGAUUGGAGUAAUAAAAGAAAGGUAGACGGCGUGGUGACUUCAAGAAAAUUUGCAUGUUGUAAAGAGGGGUUUCGAGACGAAUUGGAGAGAGAUGGUCCAAAAACAUAUGAGCGAGCUGAAACAAGGACAGGUUGCCAGGCACAUGUGACAAUUCGACUUGAUAAAGAAAAGGGGAAAUAUUAUAUACAUAGUCUUGAGCUCAAUCAUAAUCAUGCUCUUCAUGUUCCACAAUGUGCUCAUAUGAUGCCAUCACAACGAAGGAUCUCAAAAGCACAAGCAUUAGAAAUUGAUUUGGCUGAUGAUAGUGGUAUAAAAUUGAAGGAUUCAUAUGAAUUCAUGGGUAGGCAAGCCGGUGGGAAAUAUGUUCUUGGUUAUACCAAGCAAGAUCAAAAGAAUUACCUUCACAACAAACGACAACGAGCGUUGAAAUACGGUGAGGCAGGGAGUAUACUUAGAUACUUUCUAAAGCAAAAGCGCGAGAAUUCUUCAUUUUAUUAUGCAAUACAAUUGGAUGUUGAAGAACAGAUAACCAAUAUUUUUUGGGCAGAUGCGCAGAUGAUUAUUGAUUAUACAUUAUUUGGUGAUGUAGUUUCUUUUGAUACGACAUACAGAACUAAUAAAGAGUAUCGGCCGCUUGCAAUGUUUGUUGGAUUUAAUCAUCAUAGAGAGGUUGUGAUAUUUGGGGCUGCACUUCUAUACGAUGAAACUAUAGAGUCAUUCCGAUGGCUGUUUGAGACUUUUUUUGAGGCAAUGUCGGGAAGAAGCCAAAUACAAUCUUUACUGAUCAAGAUCCAGCAAUGGCAAAAGCUAUCUCAUUGGUGA